CAAAUAGGCGUUUAAAACACGUGAAAGUACAAGAAAUACUUAAAUACGACCAAGUCGGUGCGCCCUUCUCCUUUCUUCUUUUGUUUCUCUCUUACUUUACCAACCAGCCCCACACAUAACAAAUUUCAUCAUGUCCGAUAUCGUCGUCCCCGGUUUUGCUUCCUCUGAGCUCAUUGCUGAGCUCGCCAAAGUCUUCGAGUCCAUGGGCGCCGAUGAGAAGGCCAAGCUCAUCAAGCAGGUCAAUGGCGUCUUCCAGUUCGUCAUCAAAAAUUCUGAGGGCAAGGAAGAGAUUUUCACUAUCGAUGCUAAGAAGGAGGGCAAGGUUUCCCGUGGUAAGGGUGCCGUUAAGGCCGACGCUAUCUUGUCCUUGAAGGAUCAGGACUUUGUUGACCUUGCCACUGGCAAGUUGAACGGCCAAAAGGCUUACAUGAGUGGCAAGCUCAAGGUCAAGGGCCAAAUCAUGCUCGCCAUGAAACUCGACAACGUCUUCAAGUCCAUCAAGCCUGCUGCUAAACUGUAAAUUAAAUAAAGAAGGCGAAAUUUGAGAUUACUUUUUCAUUUGGCUAGGAUAGACCGGGAAGGAAAGACGUUCAUUGUAGCUACAAGGUAGUGGCCAUUUGAUGCUGGGACAUGGUAGUUAGCUGCAACUCUGAGAUGAUAUGGUCGUAUUCGAUGAAAAUUAAAAUAAAUACCCAUUUUUUGUUUCAAA